AUGUCGAGAAGCGCGACGCCCUUGAAAUUCGCCCAGCUAUCGUCUUUGCUAACCUACACCAGCUCAUCUACCUCGCGACUUCAGGCCCUAUACUCGGACUUCACGCGUCAGAAGCAGUCCAACCCUACAUCAUACCAGUCGAACAUUGACUGGUGGCGGCGUACUCUCGAAGCAGUGGUUUCAAAAGGAUGGCAACAUGAGGCCUCACAGGACCGACUCAUCUUACAUGCCAGCCCGAGCCUAGCGGAGGUAUUCAGGUAUGAGGGUGUUGGGAAACCGCUCAGCCUUAGCACGGUUAUUACGGAGCUUUGCGACUCGAAGGCAUACAUUCCACUACAAUAUUUCUUGACUGCCUCGCAGUCGAUAUACGACCCUGGGUCUCUGCCAUUGCGGAUAGCGUCGUAUGUGCUUGGCCGACCGCUAUGGUGGGCGCUGCAGCAGGUCGGUAUAGUCGACGGCGAACAGGGUGGGAGCGAGAGUGACAGUCAGCGAUGGAGAAAAGUGAAGGGAGACUACGUGGUGGUGAGCUUGGUGGAGAAGGUGGCCGACGCCGUCAUCGAAAGGCAGCGGGAUUCGCAAGGGAUCUCUCUGGCAGACAUGCUCUAUAGCCCUGAGUCGUUCAAGGCUAAAUUUGCGAAUGUGCUGCCAGAUAUGCCUUUGUCGGAUCCGGACGUCAAAGUGCUUCUGAAGUACCUAGAGAGGGACAAGAGGGUGCUCGCGGCAGACAAAGAAGUUAUCAAGUUUGUGGAUGCUACUUCCGUUGAAGGCCGGGAGAUAUCAGCGGUAGACCACGGAGUUCUUGAACUCAAGUCUGCCGUCGACAAUCUGCAAGCGCAAGUGGACGGCUUACAACGGAAGAUCGACGAGCGGACACGCAACAUAUCUGAUGCUCUUCGUCAGAAGCGCAAAGAGAUUGCGGUGGUUCACCUCCGCUCUCGGAAGCAACUGGAAGAGCUCCUAUCCAAGCGCCUCGGGUCGCUGACUACAUUGCAGUCGACCCUUAUAACCGUAGAGGCAGCUAUGGGAGAUGUCGAGAUUAUGAGAUCCUUCGAAACAUCCACGACAACGUUGCAAGCCAUUCUGUCACACCCGUCCCUCCAACGUGAAAAGAUCCACGAGACCAUGGAUGCUAUGGCAGCCGCCACAGCGGACGCUCGCGAAGUCGACGACGCCAUCCGUUUGGGUGCAGAUAUGGCCCAAGCGGACAUGGGAAUCGACGAGGAUCAGCUGGAGAAGGAGCUGGAACAAAUGGCGAGAGACGCUCAGUCGGAGCAAGGUGAUGCAGAGGACAGGCGCAGGGUUGAGCAAUCUCAUGCUGAGGCCGAGGAGGUGCAACAAAGGAUCUCUGCAGCGCCGAGUACUCCAACACUGCAACCAGGGCAGGUUUCGCCAGAGCCUCAACUCGACAGGCGCCAGAUGGCGGCGCGUUUUGCAGCUCUCUCCAAGCAUCACGGCGAACCGCGAGAAUCUACGGCCGGGAGUACAGUAGAGCAACGCGUCAGAGAGCCUGCAUAAACA